AUGGUGGAAAAGCUGUUUGGAAUCAAUGGUGGUAUCUUUCUCUCGUAUGCAUACUCGCUCUACCAAAAGCCACAAGGGAGUGUCGAAGGAAUUUGGAUGGCCAUAUUCAUAGGAAUCUUCAUAGCAUCACUAAGCAAUUUCAUUCUGUUAAUCCAUGCUUCAUACUUGAAAGAGAGGGGGUCCAUUGACGGCUGUGAGCCUGGAAUCCUUAAAUGGCUGAUGCUUUUAGUGCUGGCAUUCCUUUAUGCACUAUUUUGUAUCUUACUGCGGGCUUUUGCAAAUGCCUCCGACUUGGUUUUAUGGCUCAUCGGAAUCAUAGGCCUCUGCUCAAUGGUGCUCGGUUGGGUUUGGUUCUUUUACAGAAAGUGGCCCAAGAUUCUGGAAGAAAUUAAGGCAGGCCGUUGUGUUGGAGAAAUUAGGAUGCCUGAGACUGCUGCCUCUGCCUCCAGAGGCGGCGGUUCAGACAGGCCAACAGGUAUCUGCGCAAUUGAAGUGAAAUGA